ACCAUAAAGACAAAGAUGUCAAGUAGAAGAAGAGUUGGUAAUGCCAAGAAGACAGCUGAUGAAUGUGAAGACCAUGAUGUGCCAGUGUCAACACUAGGCAGACAAAAACCCAGAGUGGCAAAAUCACAGACCCGAAGCAAGUCAGUCAAACGCUCUGAUUUGGAUCCAACUGGCAGCACGAAAUAUGAAACCAAUCCGGGUUCCAGACAGAAUUCACAGAAAAAGGAAAUUUCGCAGCUAAUGACAGGAAAUGCACGGAAAUCUGAUACGGAUUCUAAGGCAAAAGCAAACUCGGCAGCCAGCAUUUGCGAUGCUUUGCUUGUGAAGGAUAUGUCAUGUUGGGGAAAGACCAAGGAUACCCCCAAACAUUCUGAAAAUUAUGCGAACACAGUUACAAAUGUUUUGCGCAAUACCACAAAUAAUCUUCGCACUAAAAACGCGCCUGCUUCACCGCCAAAGUCUAACUCAACCAGAAGUUCGCAUUCGAGGACCAGGGCCCCACAGAGAAGUUGUAGAAACCUUAGCAAAAAUAAAGAAAACUCGACUAAUGAAUUUAAAAAACAAUUUCAAGAUUAUAAGAUUGGGCCACCUAAGACUCCCGAUUUUUCUGGCUGGACUAACUAUGAAUCUGAUAUGCAGAUAAAUAAUGUAGAAGAGCGGCCAAGCUCCGGAAAGCAUUGGACCGAUUUCGAUCCGAAAUUAGUUUUGAAAGAGGUGGACGAUUGGGCUCCAGAAACUCCGCAAUUAAAAAAUGAUGAUCAAAGCCUAAAGUCCUUAAACAAUGCCCUCUGGAAAAACGAGUUUGAUGCAGUUGAGCAGCUAUCAAAAAGCAAGGGAACGUCAAGAGAGAAAGUUAACAACGAGCUAAAUUUCCCUGAAAAAUGUUCGCAGAUUUUAGCUAUUAAAGAAAAACAGGACUUAAAAACUAAAACGGUGAAUAAAACUUCGGUUUUGGCAACUGAAAUCUGGGAACAACAGCCUGAGGCGAAAAGCAUCCCUAGCCGUAGGUCGAAGAGCAAGGUGAGUCCUGCUCCUACUUCUUACCUUUCAGAAUCAGUGGAAAAUAAGGGCAAGCAGGUGCGCGGUCGCAGGGACAUCACACCUGCUAGAUCACGUUCACGGGCUAACAUCCCAAAGGAAGUCCAAGAACAAAAGCGGACUUCGCCCAAUGAAAGAACAGCUUUACGUCUGGCUGAAGAAGAUGAGAGUUCCAUUUUUAGAAAGUUAGUCGAUCCGUCUAAGAAAAAUCAGAUAUCAAGUACGAGCGACCGAACCCAGCAGUACAACAAAAAGGAGAAAAAUGACUUGAGCUUCUUACAAUUAGAGAAGGACAUUAUCGAGUCGAAACCUCAUUUUCCGGACGCUGACACCGAUCUGGAUAGCGAUAUUGAGGAACUUUUAGAGGAAGUGGAGAAUGAUUUGAAAAAAACCCAUAAUAAUAGGGAUCUACUAAGAUUGGCUGAAGCUGAUUCCAGUUCUAUGUAUAAAAAGUUAAAUGAACCUGCCACUAAAUAUGACUUGAAAUACUUACAAGCUAAAACGCAAAGUCCAUCUAGGAAGGAAAAAACCCCACAAAAUGAUCCUUUUUCUUCUCCCGAUUUCUUUAACUUCAACGAACAAGUAAAAACAAAUUCCAGUGAUGACCAGCUCAUAAAUGUGCUUUCUCAAAUUGGAUCUAAGAACGGCGCCAGUGUCGAGAUUCAAAACGAUGAGGAUGACAUUGAUAGCCGCCUGAAUGCUGAACUCAGAUCCCUGUUCUCAUGUGACGAACCCCAAUCUAUUUGCGAAAAGAUCCCAAUAGUAGAUGAGCUCUUUAAAAAACCGCUUCCACCAGUGAAUCGCAAGGAAACCGAAGCUGAAAUCGAUGCACGUCUUCAGGCGGAACUGGAUUCCUUACCCAUGGUGGAGGCGGACACCUCCAACGAUUCUGUGGAAACACUAUUGGACUCGAUGUUUAAUCCUGACCCACAGACGACGGAUGCUUCAGGCAAGGACUUUACAGAAAAUAUAGCUUUUCCGAAACAGACUCAGGUACUGAAUCCACUCCCAGCAGCAAUCCCUAACCCCAUGGGAUACAAAACAGUGGAAGUGGUAAAUCCAGGUGUUUAUCAGAUGCCCAACCCAGUGGCUGCCAAUCAGCAUCGCACCUUGGCAAAAGUGCCGAUGGUCACGCGAGUGAAGGGAGUCCAAGGUGAGGAUAUAUCCGUGAAGUAUACAACAGGACCGGAUGGUUUGAUCACGAAUGUACAGAUGGUGCCGCCAUCGAUGCCGCUGGCUCAGAAAAAUACGAAAGGCAAGGAGCUGGAGAGUUUUACGGCCAGCCAGUUGCACCAGAUAAUGCAGAGUGGGCAACCCUAUUUGCCCCUUCCGAUGACCAAUUCUGGAAGUCCGGCUGCCAUCCUCAAGGAGCCAUUAAAACCGCGGGAUGCUGCAUUUCCACCCGAGGAAUCUGUCGAAGAUGAGGAGGUGGACUAUGAGGAAAUCGGCGUGGCCGACACCUUUGCGGCCUACUGGCCCAGCAAGCUAAAGUUCGGAAUGGCCCAUCCGGACUCUGUGGUGGAAACGGCCACGUUGUCUUCCGUGGAACUGCCCGAUAUUAGCUACACAUUGGCACUGCCCGUUAAAACCACCGAUUACCUGAGUGCCCUGCAAUUGGAGGCAGUGGUCUAUGCCUGUCAGGCCCACGAGCAGAUCCUGCCCAGCGGCGAACGAGCUGGCUUCCUACUGGGCGAUGGAGCCGGUGUGGGAAAGGGUCGUACCAUUGCGGGCAUCAUCUUCGACAACUACGUAAAGGGCCGACGUCGUGCCCUUUGGGUCUCCGUAUCCAACGAUCUGAAAUUCGAUGCCGAAAGGGAUCUCGCAGACAUAGGAGCCCACGAAAAGGUUCGAGUGGUGGCCAUUAGCAAGUUCAAGUACAGUCGCAUCGACUCCGAGGAAAACGAGAACUUUCGCAGAGGAGUGAUAUUCUGCACAUACACGGCCCUCAUCGGAGAAUCCCUGACGGCCAACUCGAAGUACAAGACGCGUCUGCGCCAGUUGGUCAAUUGGCUGGGCAAGAAGUUCGACGGGGUGAUUGUGUUCGACGAGUGCCACAAGGCCAAGAACCUGAGUCUGAUGAAUGUGGGCAAGUCCACCAAGACGGGAACGACUGUUCUGGAGCUGCAGAAGCUGCUCCCAAAUGCCAGAGUGGUUUAUGCCUCGGCCACGGGAGCCAGUGAGCCCCGGAAUAUGGCCUACAUGGUGAGAUUGGGUCUCUGGGGACCCGGCACCGCCUAUCCGGAGUUCUACGAGUUUGUAAAUGCGGUGGAGAAACGGGGCAUUGGGGCCAUGGAAAUAGUGGCCAUGGAUAUGAAACUGAGGGGCACCUACAUAGCUCGCCAGCUCAGCUUCAAGGACGUCAGCUUCCGCAUCGAGGAGGUGGCCAUGCCGAAGGAGUUCCGCAAGAGCUACAACCUGGCUGCCGAACUCUGGGCCGAGAUAAACAAGAAGUUUCAGAAGGCCUGCCGUCUGAUGUGCAUCGAGAACCGGGUGCAGAAGAUAAUCACCUGCCAGUUCUGGUGUGCCCAUCAGCGUUUCUUCAAGAACCUGUGCAUCGCCUCCAAGGUGAAUCAUGUGGUCAAGAUGACGCGACAUGCCACGCGAAUGGGCAAGGCGGUGGUUAUUGGCCUCCAGUCGACGGGCGAAUCGCGCACCCUGGAGCAUCUGGAGCGUCACCAUGGAAAGCUGAACACCUUCGUGUCCACUUCCAAGAUGAUAAUCCAAUCGUUUGUGGAGAAGCACUUCCCAGCGCCCAAGCGCGACUCCUUUCACCAUCUUCUGAAUACCGGUGAGUUUGAACCCGAGGCCCGUUCCCGACCGCCCAGGCCCAAGAAGACCAAGAUGAAUCCCGACUGGUUCGACGACGACAUGGACGCCGAGGCGGGGGAGAGCGACAUCGAGAUGUAUGAGAGCACAUGGUCCGCCGACGAUGAGCGCGUCAAGUCAGGACGGAAGCGGCGAGGACGACCGCCCAAGGUGGAUAAGGUGGAGAAGAUCACCAUGCAGGAGCGCAUUCUGCAGCACCUGUGCAAUAAUAUGAGGGCUCAGGAUAACGACGGCGAACCUACCUACACUUUCGACAACACUAAGCCACAAAAGGCGAACAUCACAGAGCGGGACGUGGAGCGUUGCAUCAACUCGCGUGAGCUGCUGCUGGAGAAGAUCGAGAUCCUGGGCAAGCGGAUGCCGGCCAACACACUGGACAAAUUGAUCUCGGAGCUGGGCGGCACCAAUCUGGUGGCCGAGAUGACAGGCCGUCGUGGAAGAGUGGUGCGCACCGAGUGCGAUGGCUACAAGUACGAGCCACGCUGCGAUAGCGACUCCUCGAUGGACCUGGUCAACUACCGGGAGAAGCAGCGUUUCAUGGACGGCAGCAAGCAUGUGGCCAUCAUCUCGGAGGCGGCAUCCAGUGGAAUUUCUCUGCAGAGCGACAAGCGGGUGUCUAACCAGAGGCGCCGUCUGCACAUCACCCUGGAACUGCCGUGGAGUGCGGACAGGGCGAUUCAGCAAUUUGGACGCACACAUCGCUCCAAUCAGGUCAACUCACCGGAAUAUGUGUUCGUGAUCACGGAUCUGGCCGGCGAACGGCGAUUUGCCUCCACGGUGGCCAAACGGCUGGAGAGUUUGGGAGCCCUCACCCAAGGCGAUCGGCGGGCCACCGAUGCCCGUGAUCUGUCCCAGUUCAACAUCGACAACAGCAUCGGUCGCAGUGCUCUGGAGAAUGUGAUGCAGCAGCUGACCGGCGAGAAGCCACUGGAACAAGAGUACAUUCCACAAUCCUACAAGGGCGAGUUCCCCUACGAUUGCUGCGUGGCCAUGGCCGGCGUGGGAAUGCUCAAUGUGCGCGAGGAGAACAAGAUCAAGUUCUUUAGCGUGGAGAAGGAUAGUAAUAACAUCUCCAAGUUCCUCAACCGCAUCUUGGGUUGUCGCGUGGAGAUCCAGAAUGCCCUGUUCAAAUUCUUUCUGGACAAGAUGUAUUCGCUCAUCAUGCAAAUGAAGCGAACGGGACGCUUCGAUCUGGGCAUAUUAGAUCUGGAUGCCCACGGGGCCAGUGUGAAGUCCAUUAAGCUGAUGAGGUUCACCAGGAAGCAUGCCACUGGAACGGCGGCCACAGAACUUCACACGGUGACAGUGGAACGCGGCAUGUCCUUCGAGACAGCCCUGGCCAAAUACCGAAAGGAGGCCUCCCAGGAACAUGACGGCUUCUAUGUCCUGCAGCAGCUGCGCCACAACAAGAACUCCUCCAUUUUGUGUCUCCAGGCUCAGACCACUUCAGCAGAUGGCGGAGCACCGGGCAAGGUCAGCAUGCAAAUCUACCGACCCAAUACGGGUCCCCAAGUACGAUUGGAGUUACUGGGCUCCAUUACAUCGCGAUAUGUGAAGGUGGUUCCCGAAGAGGCCCACGAUUUCUGGCAGCAGCAGUAUGAUUUGUGCUUGAAUAUGUGUUCGCACGCCUAUUGGAAACGGGCCUGUCCAUUUCCGACGGGAUGCGAAAUGGGUCUUCGGAUGCGCACCUACCAUGUGCUGUCCGGCUUAAUGCUGCCCAUUUGGGACCGGAUCGAGCAUAUCAUCGAGAAGAACAACCAUAAGAUCCAGAUCAUACGCGUGAAGACCGAUGUGAACAAGAAGAUUGUGGGCACGGUGGUGCCACAUACCGUAUACGAUGCCCUGGUGGCCGAUUUGUCCUCGGACUCCAUCGUGGAGAGCCAUUAAAAAGACACCGACCCGCACAAGAUAUGACACACAAUCGCCGCAGCCCUUCGAGGGUAAUACCACCGCCACCGUCAGCCGGCUUCUAUUGCCACUUUAAAAAUAUCAACUCAAAUUGUGGCAUUCAGGGCAGCAAUAUAUGUGGCGUAAGCUUUCGCUUUUUCAAAAUGCCAGGCACGCUCCACCAGCCACCGAGGAGCAGCCCGCCGAUGUUCCCGUUCCUGUUCCCAUUCUCGUUCCCGGUCAUAAACAAUGGCCACAAAAGCACAUACGGGAAGACACUUACAGCUCGUCUGCGUGCGUAUGUGAUUCAUAUGUAUUGUCUGCAGUGCCAGUGCUGCGGGGUAUGC